UCCACUCCAAUCUCAUCAGUCAUCCCGUGAUCAUGGCACUUGCAACAGUGUCGAAAUAUCGGGAGUCUCAUAUCCCCAUUUAAACGCGGUAAGAACCCGUUAUUAUGUGUUUUAAUUAUUAACGCGAAUUUUCAUGUGGACAAGGCUUUAAGGCUUUCACCCUGUAAUAAAAGGACAAGAUACCUGAUAGUUAUGUGCAAAACCGUUUUCUGUAGUCGUAGUGUGACAUUACCAAGAGUUAGUCAUGUCUUUCUGCUUAUCUUUGUCGUGACUAUCCUCGUUAGCUAUCGCAUCAACAAUCUCUGGGUACUUCUCCGAACACCAGAAUCCAAAUCAAUAGGUACUGUGGCAGUCAUUGUGGAAUGGUCAGGGUCUCUAAUUGGUACAAAUGAGGAAGCUGCCAGUUAGGAAGCAAUCACUGCGAAGAGGACCCAUUGUCAUACGUAGUGGACCUCAAAAAUAAAUCACAAUGGGUUCUCUGCCGCGCGUGUCGAUGUGCGUCGGCGCCCGCGCAGCCGUGCCCGCCGCGCCGCUACCGCGACAUCUAGCGGCGGUGAGCAGCGAUAAACCAGCGCUUGUGUACUCUGAUGAAACCACUAGUGCGGCAGUCAGCUACGCCGAGCUCGAAGCCCGCACCAACGCGUUAGCCAAGGUGAUAGCAUCGCGCUCUCGGCCCAGCGGGGCGAACAGAGACGGGGAUUACGUCGUCGCCGUGUGUAUGCAGCCUUCUCAUAACACAAUUAUGACACUACUAGCGACCUGGAAGGCCGGAGCUGCUUACGUGCCGAUGGAGCCCAGCUUCCCCCAGGGAAGAGUUACGCAUAUACUGAAGGACGCUGAACCAGCGCUUGUUGUAUAUGAUGAUGCUGCACACCCAUCAAUGUUCGCCGGCAGCGGCGUACCAGCGGUGUCCUUCGAGGAAUUGCUGUUGGAAUCCAGCGGAGUAUCAGCUGAGGAGCCGUCAGAGAUGGAGCAACUGGCCGUGGCCAGGACUGACAGCGUGGCCAUAGUGCUGUAUACUUCAGGCAGCACUGGGAUUCCCAAAGGAGUCCGCUUAACCUACUCAGCAAUCUGCAACCGUCUGUGGUGGCAAUUCCGAACCUUCCCGUUCGCCGACACGGAGCUGACGUGCGUUUGGAAGACAGCAUUGACAUUCGUCGAUUCAGUGUGUGAGAUAUGGGGCCCGCUGUUGCACGGGAGAACCCUGCUCAUUCUGAACAGGGAUGUCACCAGGGAUCCCCAGAAGCUGAUCCGCGUGCUGGCUGAGAAUCAGGUACAACGUUUAGUCCUGGUCCCAACCCUUCUCCGGUCAAUCCUGAUGUACCUUUCCCUGAACCCCUCAGAGCGACCCCUUCAGCAGCUGAAACUCUGGGUGUGCUCUGGGGAAACCCUGAGUAAGGACCUGGCGUCUCAGUUCUUCAAGUAUUUCGGAGACCAUUGCGGGUACAAACUGGCUAACUUCUACGGAAGUACUGAAGUUAUGGGAGACGUAACUUAUUAUGUUCUGGAGAAAUUGGCACAGCUGGAUUUGCAUCCCACGAUUCCUAUAGGAUCUCCCCUGGACAACUGCGCCGUCUACUUACUGGACGAGGAGAUGAACCUGUCUCGGGAAACAGCCCCCGGCGAGGUGUGGGUUGCUGGCAGCAACCUAGCUGCUGGGUAUGUCGGGGGACAAGCACCGGAGAAGUUCUGCGACAACCCACAUGCCGCGCAUCCAGAAUUCGGGCGUCUCUACCGCACUGGAGACUUCGGGAUGCUCCACAAGGGGGUGAUCCUGUACGCCGGCAGGACUGACUCGCAGGUCAAGAUCCGAGGUCACAGGGUGGACCUGCAGGAGGUGGAGCGAGCUGUGGCUGCGGUGCCGGGCGUUGAUAAAGCUGUAGUCCUUUGCUACGGCUUGGAACGCGGCAACCCUGAGAUCCUGGCGUUCGUAACGGUGCAGCCAGAUGCAAGACUGGCUGCCAGCCACAUCGAGGCUGCAUUGAAGAACUCCCUCACUAACUACAUGAUCCCACAGGUCAUCGUAAUUGAAAGCGUUCCCCUGCUUGUCAAUGGUAAAGUUGACAGGCAAGCGUUGCUGAAGAUGUAUGAGAACACCAAUAAUAACGAUGACGACGAGAUACCCCUGGAGAUCGACUACACGGGUGUGGAGCCAGAGCUGAUGGAGACAGCCAGGGCGCUCUUCGAGACGGUGGGCGAAGUCCUAGGCCGCGCCGCCAGAGGAGCUCUGUCCGUUCGAGCGGGCUUCUAUGAACUUGGGGGGAAUUCUUUGAACUCCAUCUAUACUAUCACCCGGUUGAGAGAUAAGGGGUAUUAUAUUGAAAUCAGCGACUUCCUCGGAGCAGCCAACCUGGGCGAGGUGCUGGCGAACCUGUCCACCAACCCCGAUGACGCUGGACAGAAGGACUCCAAAUUCAUUGCGGAGCCCAUGAGGGAUGAUGACAAGCAGAAAGUCAUUGACAUGAUAGUAUCCUCAUUCUACGAGAAGGCUGAACUGGAGCAGUUCCUCAAACAUGAGAUAGAGACAGACGACUACGCACACUGCGUGCACGCAUGCUGGACCGCGCUGCUGCACGCGCGACUGAGUGUCGUGCUUAAAGAUGCAAACAACACCCCAGUGGCAGUAGCCCUGAACUUCGACGCACGCGACGAGCCUGAGAUCGAGCUGACCGGAGGGCUCGCCAAGAUCAUGGCCUUCCUAGAGUACGUCGAGGGUAGUGUCAGGGAUACCAUGCUGCCCGAAGGAAAAGGUACAAUCCUCCACUCGUUCAUGAUGGCGACAGACGCGUCUCUGAGUCCUCGAGACAACGUGGCGGCAAUUCGGGCCUUGGAACACGCCACUAUGAGGGUAGCCAGGGACCGACGAUUCUUGGGAGUGUUCACCACUAAUACCAGCCCGCUUACUCAGCAACUCGGCACAGACGUGCUGGGUUUCCAGACACUUUUGGAUUACCAGAUUAACCAGUACGUCGACAGCAACGGCGACAGGAUCUUCGGGAAGGCCCCUGACGAUAUGAGGGCUGUCGUCUGCUGGAAACCUGUUGAUUAGGAUGUACAAUUAUCGCAUUUUAGUUUGACCCUUCCAAGGACAAUGGCCAGGUGUCAUUGACCUUUCUUCGUUAAAAAUUCAUUCAUAAUGACAUGCAAGUUGAGACUUGGAUAACGGCUAUAAGAAGUACGGUCCUUGGUCGUGUGUGUUGUCUUUAUGCUUAAGUUAUAAAGUGAUAUAAUGGUUAGAGGUUGGUCAAAGCCCAGACAAGUGUUUAAGAAAGGAGAAGA